ACAUGAGUGCCAGUUGCGGCGGCGAUCCAGCCACCGUCGUGGGAUCCGACCAGCCGCUUGCCACACGGCAACCCCCGAAGAGGGGAACGUAGGACGUGGCCGUCCUGGAGGCUGUAUGCUCGCGCCUUUCGGUCACGCUCGGCGUCGCCCGUCCAGGGUAGCAGGAGGGGGAGAGAUGGCAGCGUGGGGUGCCACGACGCGACGGUGCGCCAUGACGCACAGACGGCGGCGAAGCGAGCACGGUCGUACGGAGAUGUGACGCAGCCACGGUAGAUCUUGUCGAGCAUGUCCUCGGGGAGCUCGGACCACUGCCGCCGGCGGCCGCGGCAUGCCAUUGGUAGCUCCUCGAUCGUUUACUAAGAAGAUCGGAUAUGGAUUUACCUUUAUACAGAAUAUACAUAAAUAGAGCAAGGUCGACUUGUACGUGCACCGGACGCUCGGGACACCGGGACGUGCACGUACGUACCUCAUAGUUUCGGUCGUUUACAUGCCAUUGAUAGGUCCUCGAUCGUUUACGGCGAAGACGGCGGGCUGGAUCGGAUCGGAUCGUAAUGGAUUGGCACGAUCAAUCUCCAUCAGAUUUAUAUUUAUACGGAUAUAUAUACAUAAAUAGGGCAAGGUCGUACGUGCACCAGACGCUCGGGACACCGGGACUCGCACGUACGUACCUCAAUAGUUUCGGGGGUUAAACAAACUUAUCUCGUACGUGCCUGCUAACAGAAUCUCGUAAGUUUAGGAACCACAGCCGGCAAUUCCAAUUCAUGACGAGUCUGACGGCGGACAUGCCGGCAACCCGAGACGCGGCGGAUCUCGUCUCGUCCUCCUCCGUUUCCUUCAGGUCUCUAGGGAUGUUGGUUUGAUCUUGACCACACCAAGAGGGCUGCAGCAGCAACUUCAGAUGGAGGCGAUCAUGGCGACCUCAAAGGUCCACAACGUAGAUGAGGUACUCAAUGGCCAUGGAGGCACCGUGGAGCCAAGUGUGGCCGCCAAACCUAGCACCCAGCAGGCCUCUCAGUGCAACGGCGCUACGUGGGAGAACAGUUCGAUGAUGACGAGAUUAGGUACGGGUGGUUGCCGCAAGGGGCGCAAGGCCGUAUUGCCAUGGAGAUUUCAGAUUGGGUACAAGCGGCCACGGUCACAGGGUUUAAGCCAGGACGGCGGAUCCGAUGGACUUCCUGCAACUGGAACUUCCAUGUCCACUGAUGGUACUGGAGCUUCCAAGUCCAUGGAUGGUUCCAGGCAUAUAGGAGUUGCUGCUGCUGCUUCUGUACCCAACAAAACGAAGGUUGACAAUGGUGAUCGUCAUCGUCCAAUGCCAAAGAACAGAGUCGCCAUCAGCAGAGAAAGCCUCAUGGCUUCUUUGCAGGAAUUCCGGCUAAUUUACAGGCAGCUUGUGGCCCAAGAAAAGGCCGACUGCGGUAAACAAGAACAUGAUCUUGCAGCCUUUCAAGUCUUCAGGGAGAGGCUAUGUGUUGAAUUUGAUGAUAGGAGGUACUUGGGUAGCGUUCCUGGAGUUCAUGUUGGUGACGUGUUUGAUUCGGACGCCGAGCUUUUCCUUGUUGGUCUCCAUCGUUCACAGCAGUCGCGUGUUGAUUACAUCAAUCAGAACGGGGGCAGGACAUGUCUAGCCGUUAGCAUCGUGUCGUACGCGCAACAGUCUGCCCAAAAUAACAAUCUGGAUUUCUUGCUACAUGUUGGGUCUGUGGCUGCCACCACUGGCCAGAACAUGGAAGGUACCGACUUGGCGCUAAAGCAGAGUAUGGAUACCAAAACACAUGUGCGUGUCAUUUAUAGGUUUGUUAUGACCGGCCGUGAGGAGCUUACAUACUAUGUUUAUGGUGGUUUAUAUUUGGUCGAGAAAUUUAGCAAAGAGAAACUGAGGGAAGACAAACAUAUUAGCACUUUUCAUCUGAGAAGAUUGUCGGGGCAACCGAGCAUCAACAUUCAUGAACUUGUGGAAAAAAGAAUGGAUGAACCAUCCAAUGGAACUUUUACUGUAGAUAUAUCGUCAGGUCUUGAGAAGAUCCCUAUAUCUGCAAUCAACUCCAUAUCAAACGAGGCCCCGGCUCCAUUUCGCUACAUUUCACACAUACAAUACCUCAGGAAGUAUCAGCUAGAUCCUCCAUCAGGUUGUGAUUGUGUUGGUCGAUGUUCGGACUCGCAAAAGUGUGCAUGUGUAAUGAAAAAUGGUGGGAAGAUCCCUUUCAGAAAGACCGGUGGUCUCCUAGAGGAAAAACCUCUUAUUUACGAGUGUGGACCUUCAUGCAAGUGCCCUCCAACUUGUCGCAAUAGAGUAGGCCAACAUGGAAUUAGUUUUCGCCUUCAAGUCUUCAAGACAACAUCAAUGGGUUGGGGAGUACGAAGCCUUGAUUUUAUACCUACGGGACAUUUUGUGUGUGAAUAUAUAGGGGAGUUGUUGGAUAAUGAAGAUGCUCAGGAGAGGGAUAAUGAUGAGUACUUGUUCCUUAUUGGAAACAACUAUUAUGAUGUAUCCCGCUGGGACAACUUACAAAAGACUAUCCCCUCACUUAUGAAUGGCCCUGGGGAAGAGGAAGAAAAUUUCUUUGCAGUGGACGCACUGAAAUGUGGCAACCUUGCAAGGUUCAUCAACCAUAGCUGCACCCCUAACCUUUUCACACAAAAUGUUCUCUAUGACCAUGACAACAAGGGUAUGCCUCACAUCAUGCUCUUUGCUUGUGAGGAUAUUCAGCCUCUUGAACCACUAUCAUAUGACUAUAAUUAUACCAUAGAUGGGGUCCAUGACUCUGAAGGUAACAUCAAGAAGAAACGAUGCUUAUGUGGCUCUGUUGAGUGCAAUGGAUGGUUGUACUAGAUUUUCUUUCUUGUAGAGGUUUCCCUCAUCACCUUGUAUCGGUUCGGCCGUGUUGCUUUAUAUAUAUAUAAAGCGGGGCGAAAGUCUUUUUCAGUACUAGAUUUUCUUGUGUACGAUUUAUUUU